AUGUAUUCACUUUUCUCGAGGGCUGUCAAGGCGGCCACUUUCAGCCAGGCCACCCUUGUCCUCGACGUUGACGUCGCCCUGUUUUUUGUCGCUUGUCUGUUCAUCUUGCUUGCGCUGCCCAGAGCAGUUGCCCGUUACUCCACCCUGUCUGCCUGGACAGAGGGCUCCUUCUUCCGCUCAGUGAAGAUCCGCAACCCCGUCGCCUUCCGUCCGUACCAACUCGACCCCAAGAUUACCCCCAUGGACUCGCAGGACACACUGAACGAUACCGUUGAAAUAGAUCUCGAGAAGGGUGUAGCAGCCUCGGAUGACUCACACUCCGAUACAAUGGUUGAGUUUCCCUCGCAGAAGGCCAAUAUGCAGGCCCGCACGGGACGACCCCCGAUAUACAUGCCUGCGUGGUCGACGAUGUUCCCUGGGGUCGCUUACAUUUUCUCCAUCCACAUUCGCCCGGGAUAUUCCUUGGGCAUGUGCCUGUUAUUCCUUGCAUAUCUCGCGGGGAUGCUUUAUGCGAGCUUGUACAAAGCCGAUCUGUUCACCACCCCGUCGCGCCUCGGGUAUGUAGCUGUCAGCCAGUUCCCCUUGAUAUACAUCCUGGCCACAAAGAAUAACAUCGUUGGUGGAUUGAUUGGAAUGGGCUAUGAGAAGCUCAAUGUGUUCCACCGCUUUGCUGGCCGGUUCGCCAUCCUCGCUGUGAAUUUGCACGCAUUGGCAUACUUUGCCAAGUGGGCCCAAACCAGCACGAUUGCGUCCCAUAUGGAUCAAUCCAACAUCUGGGGCUGCGUUGCCCUCGGUGGCAUGGAUGUACUCUUCCUGGUCUCGCUUACUCCGCUUCGUCAGGCGUAUUAUCAGCUAUUUUACGUGUUGCACGUCGCCGGAGCCGUCGUGGCACUUGUCGCGGUCGUAUACCACGAGCCUGCGGCAAUUCCGUACGUGAUUCUUGCGUCCGUGGCGUACGGCGUCGACCGCGUCGUGCGUUUAGUGCAGACACGCAUCACGACGGCGCACGUGCGUGCGCUCCCCGAGCUCGGGACGACGCGCCUCGAGAUCCCAACAGUCAACGCAGGCUGGCGCGCGGGCCAGCACGUCCGUAUCAAGGUGCUCAGCAUGGGUAUGGGCCCGCUCGGCUGCUUGGAGGGUCACCCCUUCACCAUCGCGAGCGUCAGCAAGAGCCGCGGCGAGGAAGGCCUUGUGCUGAUGAUCAAGAAAGCGGGUGAUUGGACGACGCGUCUCUUUGAACUCGCCCAGAAGGACACCCCUGAGGAAGGCGGCGCAGGACGUAAGGUGAAGGUGCUCAUCCAAGGACCGUACGGUGGACCUGGGCAUGCCGUCCUCACCAGCUUCUCUGGUGCAAUGCUCAUUGCCGGUGGUAGCGGCAUCACCUAUCCGCUCUCGACCCUGCAGGAAAUGAUCCAGAAGGGGGCCGAGGGUGCGAGCCGCGUGCGUGUCGUAGAGCUCGUCUGGAGCAUCACCGAUCCCGCUGCACUCGGACCAAUGAUGCCGCAAUUCCGCGCACUCCUGGCUGAGGCUCCCGCAUGCGGCAUCGAUUUGCGCAUUUCGGUGUCAUACACGCGCGCGAUCCGCUCGCAAGACGUACUGAAGCCGUUUGAACGUCUUCCUCCCGGGCUUACUCUCUCACCCGGUCGUCCCCGCCUUGCGAAGCUGCUCGAGGGCGUCGUGGACCGCACCAGCACAGGUAGCAACGGCGCUUCCUCAACUGGUGUCGUCGUCGGUGUUUGUGGACCUUUAGCGCUUGGCGCGGAGGCGAGCAAGGCCGUCAGACAAAUCGAAUCUGCCAAGAAGAGGGAGGUUGGUGGGGUGGAGUUGCACGAGGAGUACGCUAUUCUCUCUCAUUCUCUGCAGUAUGAUACUGACUACGCUCGCGCCUAG